AUGUGCGAACGAAAUGGGGAGGCGGCAAAGUCAGCCCCCCGCACGGUUAACAGCUUGGACGACGCUGGGAGGAUACGAGACGGAAGCGCGAGCUGGACACAGAACCGGCGAGCUCGGCGACGGCGAGAAGAGGCAGGCGGCGGCGGUGUGGAAUCGGAUCAGGACGGAAGCAGGGGGAGGCAGCGCCCCCGCACGGCUCACAACUUGGACCGCGCUAGGAGGGCGGCAAACGGGAACCUGAGCUGGGUACAGAACCGGCGAAGUCGGCGAGGGCGAGCAGAGGCAGGCGGCGGCGGUGACGAAUUGGAUGAGGACGGAAGCAUCGAGGAGAAUGGGGAAGAGGCCGCAGAAGCUGAAAUCCCAGGUAUAUAUAUGCGGGGCCUUUCUUACCGUAGAGAAGCCAGAAUUACAGGCUGCGGACAAAGGGAAGCGGCCAAGAGCCAGGCUAAUUGCCACAGUAAAAUCGGAAGCCAAUAUAAGCAGGAUCUUGCGACAGGAGCCUGA